CUAUGAUACCGUGUUACAGACUUUGUUUAUAAAAGUUAAUAUUAUAAUUAUAAUUUGGUGGAUAAAAGUGAUGAAUUAUAUAAACAUCUUUAAAGCUAUCAGCGUAACAUGUUUUAGUAAGAAAUUAAAAGCGUAAACGCUCCGUAGAUCGAACACAAUGGAGCCUUCAAAGGAAGCGAUUGCAAUACGAGUAAUGCGGCUAAACCGCCAAAUAACUGGUAAAGUUUUGAAGAAUUCCAAUAAAUUAAGUAAGAAAAUAGACCGCGAAACGCUAUUGGAUGCGUUAACGGUGCUUUAUGACGAGUGCAACGAGGAUCCAGUCAAGAAAUGUGAUGAACAUGUCCGAAUAUUUUUGGAUAAAUAUCGAAGUGCACUGGCAGAGCUGCGACAAGCUCGAGUUUGUCUGUCAGAUUUUCAACUGGUUCAGUUAAUAGGCAAAGGUGCUUAUGGAGAAGUGCAUAUGGUAAGAGAGAAACAGACUGGUGAUGUUUAUGCAUUAAAAGGUAUAAAGAAGGAGCAAGCUCGAAAACGAGUUUGUGGAGCUGAAGAUGAGAGGGAUAUACUUGCUUCUACAUCAACACACUGGAUUCCACGCUUGCAGUAUGCUUUCCAGGAUAACAUUCAUCUCUACUUGGUCAUGGAAUUGUGUAAUGGUGGUGACUUGGCCAGUCUACUUGGUCGGCGCAAUAAUCCUCUGUCUGAAAAAGAUGCAGCAUUUUACAUUGCAGAGGUGGCACAUGCACUUAAGGCGCUGCAUGCAAUGGGUUACGUACAUAGGGAUGUCAAACCUGAAAAUAUACUUCUUGACAGGUGUGGGCACAUAAAACUCGGUGACUUCGGGUCGUGCGCGCGCAUGUCUGAGGGUGCGUGUAUCGGGCUGGGAGUGGGCGGUACUCCGGACUAUGUAGCCCCAGAGCUGUUGACUGACGACUGCGGCUCUACGCACGCGGGCUGCCGGGACUUUUGCCGCCGCGCUGCUACAGCUAUUUCUGCUUGUGAUUAUUGGUCUCUUGGUGUUGUGGCCUUCGAAUUGGUGACACUAAACCGACCAUUCUCUACUGAAGAUGACGAUUCUACUGCAAAAAUAUUGAGCGAAAUACAGAAGUACGAGAGAGACGAAGAUGCUGAGCCGCCGUUCGACCCGCUGCCUCACGGGCCGUCCCACACGUGGCGGUCGCUGGUGCGCGGGUUGCUGCGCGUUCAUCCCGCCCGGAGGUACAACUACCUCGACACGCUACAGCAUCCUGCGCUCGCGCAUCUCGCUCUGCAUAAUAUACGGGACCAGGCGCCGCCAUGGGUGCCGCUGCUGCGCGGCGCGGAGGACGCGUCGUAUUUGCCGGCGCCGCACCGCGACAUGGCCCCACCCUCCGCCGCGCCCUUCCGCACUCGCCCGCCCUUUGCCGGACAACUGCCCUUCGUAGGUUAUUCAUAUGUGGCUCCAGAAGAGCACGAAGACAGCACUGCGGGAUUUAACGCGUCCCACGAUUGUACGGCGAUAGACCUUGCCACGUUUAAGUCAGCCGAGAAGCUAGCAGCGAUGCGGAGUAAAGAGAUAGCGUCGCUACAGAGUCAGCUGGCGGCGGCAGAGGCGGCGGCGAGCGGCGCUGCGGACGCGGCGCGCCGCGACGCUGACGCGGACGCCGAGCGUAUGCGUGCGCGUCUGCAGGCCGACAUUACCGCGCUUAGUCUACAGAAUAAGCGUUUAGAGCGUCAAGUGGAAGUAGAAAAGGAGGAGCGUAUGGCGCUGCAACGGACUAACCAGGAGCUGAGCGCCGGCUUGGCGGAGCGGAGCAGCGCCGAGCUGCGCGUCGCUCAGGCGGAGGCGAACGAGCUGCGUGCGGAGCGUGACGUCAUGCGUGCGGACAUGUCGCGGCUGGAGGCGCGAAUUAGUGAACUACAAGCGGAGUGUGCCGCAGCGCUUGCAGCCGCUGACAGCGCUCGCGUGCAGCAUAAACAGUAUAAGGAUAUGUUUCAACACGUGCAAGAAUUGCGACAUAGGUGGUUUACAGAACUUAAUAUCAAACCAUUAGAUACAGUAGCGAAGGAGCGUGCGGCGCGGCGUCAAACUCUCAUCGGCGGCGAGGCAGACGCGGCGCGGCUUGUGGCAGCCGAAGCGAGCGCGGCACGCGAGCUGCGCGCGCGCAACGACCUCGAACGCCGUCUCGCCGCCGCUGAGGCCGAACUCGCGCUAGCCGAACAACGCCACACCGCCGGACAAGCCGAACUCACGCAGGCUAACGAGCGGCUCGAGAACGCUGAGAGGAUGUUAACAGAGAAGGAGCGCACGACCAACACUCUAAAUCGUCACUUGGAAGAGCUGCAGGUCCAACUGUCGCAGGAACGAUUACGGAACACCGCCCUCGCCGCACAAGUUCAGGAGCUAGAGCGUGGUGUGGGCGCGGCCGCGGAGCGGGAGACGGCGCUAGAGGAGCAGAGCGCGCGCACGGAGGCGCGGCUACAGCAGCGACUGGCAGACGCCGAGCAGCGCGCCGCAGCCGCGCUCGCUGACGACGCGCGACGACAACAGAAAGUCGGCACAUUGGAACAAUUAGUGCGUCAGUUGGAGCGCGAGGUGAGCGCUCUGGAGCAACGCUCGUGUCCGAAGUGCGCGGGUGCAGUCGCGGGGCCGGUGCAGACCAGCGCCACCAACACGGACGACGACGACGCGCGCGACUGUCGCAGCGACACCGAGAGCGUCGCCGAUCCGCAGUUGGCCGCGCACGUGGCGUUGCUGCGUGAGCAGCUCGAGCGCGCCGAGGCACAGCUGCAGACUCGAGCGGAUGAAAUAGCAACACUGCGUCAAGAAGCUCGGUCCGCAAACUUAGCUAGAUGGCGAAAGGAGAAGGAAUUUAACGAGCUAAGUCUAGACGCAAAAGUAACAGCCCGAGAUUUGAAACGUUCAGAGGAGAGAAUAGCGUCGGCAGUGGAAGCGAGGAGGGCGGCCGAGGAGAAGCUAAUGGUACUGCACAAGGAGGUUACCACGCUGCGGCCGCAGUGCGAACAGUACAAGAAGGACGUGGAACGGUUGACAGGACAGGUGGAUAAACUACAGAAGUCUAACGACGUCCUACAAGCUGAAGUGGAUAGAUCGCGCAACGACAUUCGCAAGCUGAAGAGUGAGGUGCAGUACAGCGAGAAGCGGCGCCUGCACGCCGAGGAGCAGGAGGAGCUGUCGGCGCGCGAGCGGGCGCAGCUGCGGGACGAGCUCAUGCCGCUGCGUGCGCAGAACACAGAUCUCAUGCAGAACAACAGAGCCCUUCAGGAAGCAUGUGGCUUACUUGAGGAACAGCUGACUGACCUCGAAAAACUCACCGAUAUUCAUGAAACUAAAAAUAAGGAAUUGGAGUCGGAAUUGAUCAGCCUACGCAGUGAAAUGGAGACGUGUCGUAAACAGCUGUUGGAAAGCGAGCGACGCUGCGGUGAGCUGGCGGCCGAGGCGGCGGCAGCUGACAAACGCGCUAGAGACGCCAACGAUAUGCUACAGCGGGCUAACUUACAGCUGGAUAUAUUGAGGGAGAAACUGGAGAGUCGCGAGUGCCUAGUAAGCGAGUUGGAGUCUCGCACCGCGGAGUUGGAGAGCGAGGCGGCGGGUCGCGACGCGGCGCUGACGGCGGCGGCUCGGCGCGUGCGCGAGCUACAGGAGGAGGCGGCCACGCUGCGUACGCGCGCGCAGCACCACCACACAGCAGCGCUGCAGCUGCAGGCCAGCCUCGCUGAUGCACAGGAGGAGGCGGCAGCAGCACGUGAGGCGAACGACGCGGCGACGGCGUGGUGGCGCACGCGCGAGACCAAGGCCGACGCCACGCUGCGGCAGCAGGCCAAGCUCAUCGACUUCUUACAGGCAAAAGUUGAGGAAGCGGGUCGUAAGAAGGGUUCUCUGAGUACAAAGUUGUUCGGACGGUCCGGUCGGCGCGGGGCCGCUUCGCCGCCACUGCUCAGGGUUAACAGGGAGUUGCGUGAAGAAAUAGAACGGUUAAGAACAAGGCUGGCGGCGGCCACGGCCAACGGAGAAGCUAAUGUUCCACCCACACCGAGACGAGAAAAAAAAUUGGAUAAGCCAAAGAAAAUAAUAAUUAAUGGGUCACCUAGAUUUGAUCCAGAGGAGAUAGAUGAUGAUUCCCUGCUGAUUGUAUGGAAGGACGGUUCGCGCGAGCGGUGGGAGGCGCGCGCGGACGGCACGGGCGCGGUGCUGCGGCGCGGCGCGACGGAGAUACGUGCGCGUCUCGCGGGACCCGACGUGCCACACCUACCGCAUAACGAGGCUAGCCGCGCUUUUCAGCUAAAGUUGGAAGACAGCGCUCGCGGCGACAGCGCGGCGGCGGUGUGCUGCAGCGUGGAGCGGCGCGCGGCGUGGCUGGCGCAGCUGACGGCGCCCGCGCCCCGCGCCCCGCCCCCCGGUACUGCGGAACUCACCCGCAUACCUGCAACUCCUGCCGCCGCGCUGUACAUCGCUAAUAAUGCUGUUGCCAUCGGUUGGGGCGGCGGUCUGUCCUCAACCCGCGGUGCGGUGCAGCUGCAGUGGGCGGACGAGGAUGCGGUGGGCGCGGUGACGGCGCUGUGCGGCGCGGGAGGACGCGCACUGGUGCUGGCCGGCGGCAGGCUGGGUCACGCGCCGCUCCUGGCCCUGGCCUCGGCGCUCCGACGGGCUUCCUCCCUCGAACCCGCCCUCACUCUGCAACCUCUAGAGCUACCCGACCACACCGUCCCACACUUGGUUAAGGGCGCAAUGGACGGCGACGGUAGUGCGGCGGUGGCUUGCGGACGGCGCGUGAUGCUGCUGCGGUACGCAGCGGCGCGCGGAGAGUUCGUGUGUCAGCGCGCCGUGACCGUGGACGCGCCGGCGCGGGCGCUGCUGCCCACCGCCGCCGCGCUCUACGUCGCCGGCGAGAAGCCGCUGCGCCUGGCUCUGCCUGCCGGCGCCAUCGAGACCUUCGCCCUCGACGACACCACCGUGGCCGCCGCUUACAAACGCCGCUCGCCACCGCGGGCGCUCCUCCAGGUCCGAAAGCGACCGGUCGAGAUACUCAUAUGCUACGACGAGUGCGGUGUGUUCGUCGACGAGACCGGCAAACGCACCCGCACCGAGGACCCGAAAUGGGGCUCGUCGGUGAACGCCUGGGAGUACGUGGCGCCGUUCCUGUACCUCGUCUCGUCCAACAAGAUUAGUGUCGUACAUUUGAGCGACGAGGCUUACCGUGCGCCGCCGUGCACGUGCGACGCCACCUCGCUCGCGUCCUCCGCGUCGGAGGGCUCUCUCCCGGAGAUCUUCAACGUGAAGAUCGAUGAGCCCCGCCUGCUGGGCACCACGCCCGACGGCAUCAUAGUGAGCACGGAGGUGGACGGCGACCACGUGGUUCUGGCGGUGGACGGGCGGGCCGCCUUCCGGAGCGUGGGGGCGUCUCUGGAGUCCCUGACGACAGAGUCGGGGUCGGCGCGGGAGUCUCGCGGCAGUUGCUCGGACCUGGCGCAGUCCUCGACGGACCUGUCGCCCCACGACGAGUCGCGGGAGAGCGUGGAGAUCACCACGGGAUUUUUGGCCGACAUUAGGAAGCGAGCCCACCAGCUGCGCGAGAAGCAACGAGAGGAGCGGAGGCAGGACGAGGUGAUAAAGAAGAUCCUGACGACGGAGGUCGGGCUGAAGCGGCCCUCGCUCGGGAGGAAGUCGCCGGUGGACACGUCGGAGUUCGACUCGGACUCGACGCCGGAGAGCGACGACGGCACCGGCUCCACCAAGCGCACGGCCGACGUAUGCGCCGAGAUGUUCACGAGGCAGGUGCGAUUCGAUCGCAACUAAAGUGUCAGUGAAGUCAAAAGAGGUAUUACUCGUUACAUUAGUAUAAACAAACACUCCUACUAUUAAUAUUACACAGUAUAUAAUUAUUCAA